AUGCUGCCCCCUUUAAAACAAACUAGGGAGGGCGUUGUGACUCUAACCUGCUACAUAAAAGAUUUCUACCCAAAAGAACUCUACGUGUCGUGGCUGAUUGACGAUAAGGACGCCACACACGACUUCAGAACCACCGGCAGCAUGGAAGCAAAUGGCGCCUUCGAGGCCUACAGCCGCCUGAGCGUGCCCCUGAGCGAGUGGGACGUCCCAGAGCGGGCGUACAGUUGCCUGGUUCACCACGAGUCCGUAGAGCAAAACAAAAUCUACGUCAGGUCCAUCACGCAGAACUCUCCGCAGCAGACAACCAUGGUCAACCUCAACAUGCGGAUCUCGGACCGGUGCAAGGCCCAGUAG